AUGGACGGCUCUCCGCUGGGGCCUGGAGCGCCGAGAUUAUUUCUCAUCUCUCCUCACCUAAACACCCAUCCCCAUGAAAGCACCUCAUCUCGCCCAACAUCGAUGCUCCCUUCCACCCUAAAAUCUUCGCGCUAUGGGCGCUUUGUUAUCUUGACGAUCCCGCUGCUCGUGUUCAGCUGCCUGCUCUUUUUGACGUGGGACCCACUGCCGGGCCGACUCCGUCAGCAAUCCCAAGCCCCGACAACGUCACAGUCCGAUCCGGUAUCUCAGGUACCACAACCAGUCGAGCCUCCAAAGGAAGAAGCAUCGCGCCCUAAGUCACCAGUAUCUACCAGUAAUCCAUCCACCUCGAACCCGAUUGCUGACAUUGCUGGUGGUGAUGCUAUCUUCGGUAUAACCGACAAGCUUUGGCAAUCCGCCAAGAAUCCCCACCUGAGCGACGACCAAGACGAAUGGAUCAGCAGUUGGCUCGAAAAGAACCCAUCCUUCCGAUAUGAGCUCUUGACUGAUGCCUCCGCUGCCACCUUCGUUCGUACUCAUUAUGCCUCGCGACCAGAUAUUAUCGAGGUCUUCGAGACCCUCCCGAUCCCGAUCCUGAAAGCGGAUCUCCUGCGAUACCUGCUCGUGCUCGCGGAGGGAGGUGUCUGGAGUGAUCUGGACGUUACCUGCGAUAAGCCCGUGGCUGAUUGGGUUCCAACUGAAUACAAGAAUGCAAAGAUCGAGAUGAUCGUGGGCUUGGAGUUCGAUUUUGAAUGGCGCGGGGAAGGAACGGAAGUCGCAUCGCAGUUCUGCAACUGGGUCUUCGCGGCACCCCGCUCAUCACGCGUCCUCCAGGUGGUGGUGGACUCUGUUGUAGCCCAGAUCAAUGAGAUCGCUCUAAUGAAUAAGGUGCAGGUGAAAGACCUGACGUUAGAAAUGCUGCCCAUCGAUGUUGUUAAUGUGACGGGGCCCAAGAUCAUGACAAUCGCAAUCCUUGACAGUCUGAAGAAGCUGCUGGGUCGGACGGUUGAUGAUCGCGACUUCCAUGGGAUCAAGAAACCCAAGCUCAUUGGAGAUGUCCUAGUCAUGCCUGGUGUGUCCUUUGCGGCGUCCCAGAACGGAUACCCCCAGGAUCAAGGAGAUGCGCUGGUUACGCAUCACUACGCGGGCUCGUGGAAACAAGCUGAUGCUGAGGCUAAGGAGAAGAAGAAGCAGAAACAAAAUGGGAGAGAUGAAGGCGUAUAG